AUGUCCUCUCGCCCCGCCUGCAUGACCUCGACCUUUCGCCCACUCCUCCUCCUCCCGCGUUGUUCCUCCCGCAGCCGGAGCCACCCGCCACACCCUUCGCUGCCGGAUCCGCCCUUCGCCGUGAGAGACGCCGCCGAGCCCGUCCGUCGCGCCCGAGCCGCCGCCGGAGCCGUCCUUCACCGCAGGAGCCACCGCCGCCGAGCCCGUCCAUCGCGCCCGAGCCGUCGCCGAGCCCGUCCAUUGCGCCGGAGCCGCCCUACGCCGCGGGAGCCCCUUCGCCGGGAGUCCGAGGACGAGGAUGACAACGUCGACUACGAGGAGCAUCGGGAGGCCAGGCGGCGCCUGAUCCGCACUGUGCCGAUCGUUGACUGGUUCGAUGUCAAGAGCAACGAGGUCAAGACGACGUCUCCGAGGAAGUACUUCGUCCGGCCGAACGCGAGCAUCAUCCACCCGUGGGAUUCUUGCACGAUAACAAUUACCCUACAGUUACAGAAAGAGUACCCCACAAAUAUGCAAUCAAAGAAUAAAUUCUUGAUUCAGAGCACCAGGGUGGCUGCCAGCACCGACAUGGAUGAAAACCCCCCUGACACUUUCAAUAAGGAGGCUGAUAAGGUGAUUGAGGAAAUGAAGCUCAAGGUUGUCUACACAUUGCCCAGUGGAAGCUCAGACGACUCUGGUGUCACAUGUUCAGCAAAUAGGAGCUUCAAGCAGGGCGACGACGAUCUCUCGAUGCUGAAGAAUGCAAGCAUUGAAGAGAUGACACUUCAAUCUUCUUUAUAUUCAAGUGCAGAAAGAUUUCAGAUGCCAUGA